UUGAUUAACGAAGAAGUUUUCACAAGAUGCAAUUUUGACCUUACUGUGACAAUUGUAUUUCCCAUUAUAAUUGAAACUUUUGCAGAUAUCUUCUCGAAUGGACAAAUCCGUCGUUGGAGGAGGACGCCGAUUACGUGGCGAUGUCGCAGAGCUACAUGGAACAAGGGCAAACUACUGUGUUCCAAUAUCUGCCACAGAACGUUCGGAAUCAAAGCAUCAAUCAGAUGGAGUACAUGUGCCAGAAGCGUGAUUAACAGCUGCAGUUAUCAGGGAGUGAACAUACCUGCAUACGAAUGCUGUCGAAAUGUUCUCUAUAGAGUGCCGACGACAAAAGGCUUAUGUUGGAUGUACUACGACAGUUCAAUGAAACAAAACUCGUCGUCACCAUCAAAGCAAUUCUCUAUAACAUUCCAGAUGACACGUAACUCGUGGUAUUCCGAACAAACGACACCGGUUCAUCCAGGGGUAGACGUCUAUUUGAGAAUGAAUGCUAACGACCCUAUCGAUUCGGUUAAUCGACUGACAAGUCCUUUGCGAUUAUUCGAUAAAAAGGGAGUACGCUUAAGGAUGCAUAAAGAGGUUCGAGCUGAUCUGCGACGAACAUCAUGUGGCCAAACACUUGGCGAAGCUCAGUCGGAGGAUCGCAGUGCACUUGCUAAUAAUAAGACGAAUCUGCUUAUGUGUCUGAUUAUGGUUUCUAUACGGCAAUGCAACUGUCAUCCGUUGUUGGCGAAAUGUUGGCAGUAUGGACCAGAUGAGUUUAGGGACUUCUCCUUGCUAGUCAAUACAACGCAAGUCUGUACAAUCGACAAGUAUAAGGGAUGUGCGAGGAGGUAUAUUGAUUUGACGCGUCCGUCUGCAUGGACCGAACCCAUACCGAACGAUAUUUUGGCUACGACGAUAUUUCACAAUCAAAAAUCCUUAUCCAUGUGUAACGACGUCGUAUCCAGGAACGGUGGACCAAUACGAUCUGCCCGCGGUAUACGUUCAACACAGGACUUCGUUGCUCGACUGGUGUUAGAAUACAGUACAACACUUGUCACGGAGGUACUGGUAACAAAAGAUCCUACUCUGUACGAACUGCUCAGUUAUAUCGGCUAUAACUUGGCUACAUGGUUCGCCAUCGGCCAUAUUAUCUGGAGCUUGUACACAAUGAUCCGGAACGCUCUUUGCUGCUCGAAUUAA